AUGUCCGACAGUCAGACACUACCAGAAACACCCAAUAAAUUUCAACCACAGAACCAAGAACCUGAACACAUACCAGUGCUACAAAGCAGAUACAAAGGACUUGCCAGGAAUCAUUGUUUGCCGCUACACAGGUGGGAGGGACGCUGGGAGGGAUCCCAUGUAAACAUAACUGUGUGGGUGGCAGAGGAGGCGAACACCAAUGACUCCCUGCUCACCUUAACUAUAAGAGCAGUGGGGUCAUCGUCUGAGAAUCACUACGAUACCUUCCACCUCAGCCGGGAGCGAGUGGACGUGGUGCGUGUGAGGAACCACACUAAACAAUCACAGUCGAUGAGUCUGUCGGAGCCGAUGGGAAACGGGUGGAUUGAGAUAAGGUUGUGGAGGUCGGACUCACAGGUGGAGAUUCAACGACCCUCCACCACCAACUCCACACUCACUUUGCACACUGACACACACCUCCAGAAACUGACCAUCACUGCCUCCAACAUCACAGUCAACUGUCAUGGAGGUGUGUUGGGUUGGGAGGUGUGUGGCGGUGAGGAGACAGUGGUGCCACUACCCACCCACGACUACCACCGCCUCGCCUUGCUCCUCACCACCGCCUCCCGGCCCUCGGUCUCCCUGGGGGACACAACACUACAAAUGGUUUGGGAUGGCUCCUCGCUCAUGCACAUGACGCCUUACCAGCACCAGUACAAGAGCCCAGUACUCGCACCCACCCAGUACCAGAGCCCAGCAUCUACACCCACCCAGUACCAGAGCCCAGCAUCUACACCCACCCAGUACCAGAGCCCAGUUCACACAGUCGCCCGCCGUAGUGUCACACUGUGCUUCCAUCACUUAGCUGGAAGUGUGGUCUGUACUCUUCUGGUGGAACAAGAAGAUAUAACGAGUGUGACCCUGAGGACGCUGCCUACUUUCCUCAAGGCAUCCGGAGAACCCACAGAUAAUUACUACAUAUUAUACCACAGUGAACCCAACCACAGCUGCCAGGCCCACUCACCACCAGGUGAUAAUGAUGAAUAUGAGGGCGUGAAGGCAGGGCAAGUGGCGGCCAUAGUCAUCAUCACUCUAGCAUUCGCUGGUAUCCUCUUCAUCAUGGUCAUCUCCAGUAUACCACACACCCGCAAACAGAAGAAGCCACGACUGAGUUUCCUGGAGAAGGUACAGCAGGAGUGUGAGCCCUUCCUGCAGGCUGAGGACCCCCCGCCCCGCCACACUCACUCUGUCAUCAUGGAGCGAGCACUAUGGGAGUCGGUGAUGGAGGGGCAGACGGAGGUUGUGGAGGAAUUGCUGGAAGAGGAGAACCUCCAUCCAGACGAUGUGGAAUUGGGACGCAACACCUCACCACACAUGGACGUCCACAUCCUGGGCAACAUGGAGCUCCACCACAUCUUCACUAAGCAUAAGGGAGAGGAGCGCUGUCUUCCCAGUGACGAGCUCAUCAAGUGCAUCUCAUACGAGUUUGAAAAGCAGGUGAAAGGAGUGUUCCUGGCCGGUGAGUGUGGCAUGUACGAGCACGAGGGAGGUGUGGCCGCCCUCCUGAACAAGCAUAAGCUGCCAGGUACCGUCACCGACCACAAAGGUCGAUCCCUCGUCCACUGCAUGGCCUCUGUCACCGCCUUGGACGGCACUCCGCCCUGGCAACCACAAGACAUCAAGAGGUUCUUCAACACCCACGACACCUACGUAAACGCUGUUGACCACUGGGGACGCACGGCGCUACACGAGCUGUCACAACACCCGCGACACGUGGAGGUGGACGUGAUAUGGGACGGCAAGGAGUGGAGGGUGGAGGAGGCGUGGCUCACCCUGGCCAAGAUCCUCACCUCCCACGGCUGUGACCCCAGGAUACCCGACCACCAGGGACGCCUGUCGCACCACCUAGCUCACCAGGCCCACAACUACCUCCUGGAGCACUACCUGCGCCAGAAGUGUGAGGAGCUUGGAGAGAAAGAGCUUGGAGAGAAGGAGGGUGAGAGAGAGAGGAUGGUAAGAGCGGCGACUGAGGGUGACACAGCGCUGAUGAGGGAGUUGCUAAUCGGGGGUGCAGUUAUCCUGCCCUCCACAGCCCGGGUUGACCCACUCAUCCAAGCCAUCCGACACAGCCAGAGAGACGCUGUGCUGCUGUUACUGUGUGCUGGCGCGCCUCUGUGUAACACCACCACUGAGGGCGUAACAGCUCUCGAGGUUGCCCACAACACUCUCGGAUUACCUGCCAUCUUCCCUGCCCUCAUGCGCAAGGCUUGCUGUGAGCGGCUUGAGGAUGAGAUGACACGAGUGGACAAAGAGACAGCGUCACUCAUGACACUACGACAAGCCAUGAGUGACUACAGCUUGCAGGUGAUGGACGUGGGCAGCAGAGCUAAGUGGAUCUACAGCGGGACGGACCCAGAGCAGCGGGUAACCGAAGCCCGCACGCUACUGACACAGGCAGCAGAGUUAGGCCUCUCUCUCACCUGUCAGCUGCUGGGCCUGGAGGACGUCCAUCUACAUUCGCUGCCUGGCGAGGACAACCCUUACCAGCGAGCCAUCACUCACGCCCACACCUACACACAGCUCGUCCUGUACAGGGACCUCAGGCUUUCUCCUUUCACUUGCGACACAACACACCUCGAGGCCUUGCCGUUUAAGCAGCUUGAAAAUCAUUGGAUAAAUGAAAGUAAAGUUGCUGAAGAUUUUUGCUCCCAUGAAAGCGAAGAGGCCAAAAUAUCAAUUCUACGAACAUUACAAGAACUAAAAGGUUUAAAUAAUAAGACAAAUGAGCAGCGGGAUCAACAGGUGACACGCAAACCUAGUAGUCGACUACUGUACUUGGUGGCCAAACAUGGGUUGGUCACUCUCCUUCACGCGCUCCUCGGCAGGUGGCCAGUUGUGGACAUCAAUCAAGUAGUGGAGGAGUACUCAGGAUGCACAAUGUUGCACGUGGCCGCCAUGUUCGGCCAGAUGAACAUUGUUGAGUAUGUGAUGCAUCACGGAGGUAACUCGCAGUUGAUGACAGUGGGGAACUUCACGCCAGCCCACAUGGCCGCCCUGGCUGGUCACACUAAAUGUCUCCGCUAUAUGUUAGCUUUUCUAAGACUCUCCGGCAGCACAGUGCACAACAAGUGUAUUGUUGGGCUGACUGCAGAACAACUCAUGACCAAAUAUGAUAAUUUAUGUAGGAACUGUAAGUUACCAUUGCUGACUCACGAAGAGGCUCUCUGUGUUAAAAAUGAAAGAGGAGAGGAAGCGCAAACCAGCAAUAUAUUGUUGAAGAAAAGUAAAAUUAUGAAUAUAAGCCUUUCAGAAGACUUGCUAGUUACUGCAGCUAAUACACUGUGUGACAAAUCUAACAUGAAGGAAUUCUUAAGCAGAGUGAAAGAACAAUUAGACAACUUAUAUAAUCAGAUCAAUGAUCCCAGAUUCCAGGGAAAGCUUAUUGCUGUCGGUAGUGUGGCGGAAGGCAGGGAAAUAUUUAGUGUUACUGAGGUGAACUUCGUGUACGAGGUGAGUGGGUGUGAGGCGACACCGGUCACCUGCACUCGCCUGACCAUGGAUGGCAGGACAACUGUAGUAAUAGAGCCACGCUCUGAAAACGAGCUGUUCCAGGGUGACACUUUCAAACAUACUUUUGUUCAUUUAGUGAAGACGUUAGUAAAAGAUUAUGUCACUACACUGCCGAACGUAUCACUAGCGCCACCAUUUGUGACUGCCACUGAAAAUGGGGCGUGUUUAUACUGGCUGUGGAAUAGUGCCAAUAAAAUAAAACUGCUCAAAACUUGUGUUGUUCCGGUACUUCCAGCUGCAUGGCCUUCUGAUAAGGUGAUUAACUUACAUUCAGGUAUGAACCAGUUUGAGAAUGAAGACGACAACUUGGUUUUCCACGUCACUAAUGUACACAAAGAAUGGAUGUGUCGCUCUUACCUUUAUGAACACAAAGUUUUCAGCAACCUGUCCACCAACCAGGCCAAAGUUUGGGCGACUUGUCGUUUCGUGAACCAGUUAGUGGAGGGUUGUUGGUGGUCUCCGAGGUUCACCAACCGAUGUCACCCUCACCCUUGGCACACACUGUCGCUCAGGGUCCCCAGCCUACCUGAACCAGCCCUCAAGGCACUAUUUCUCAGAGAACUGACCGAGUCUGACGAGUGGGAUACUGAACGACAUAUGUUCGAGCGAGUUACUUCAGUGUUCCGACGAGCAGCUCAGAGAGAUAUGAGAGGAAAAUUUGUGGCCAGGGAGCAAAUUACCUCGUUCUUACCUCCAGGACACUACUGCCUUGACGGGAGGGACUCUAUAUGUGGCAUCCUGGAGUUCCUGCAGCAUCUUAAGGACGCCCAGACUAGGUAUGACAAGAUCCCGAAGGUCAAGUUCGUGUAGAGUCGUUUGUGACCAAAACAACUGUGAUUAAUGUGCCCCUAAAACCUGAUACACGCCAGUCAGAGGUCACCAUCAGGGGUCACCACCAGUGAUCACUGCCAGGGGCCACCUCCAGGGGUCACCACCAGUGAUCACUGCCAGGGGCCACCUCCAGGGGUCAUCACCAGAGGUCACCACCAGGGGUCACCUCCAGAGGUCAUCACCAGGCGUCAUCACCAGGAGUCACCACCAGGGUCAUCACCAGGGGUCACCACCAGGGGUCAUCACCAGGGGCCACCUCC